AUGCGUCCUCCUCGGAUCGCCAUCGUCGUCUUCUUCCUCACUGCGUCCGUCUUCCUGCUCUUCCGCGCCUUCACGUCCCCGCCCCGAUCCACCGCCGGCGCCGGCACUUCCAGCUCCUCCUCCGCCUACCCCGCCACCUCCAAAUCCACCUUCUCAAAAUCACAGUUCAAGUCCAAGUCCCAGUCCCCAAAGUCGGUAUGGGGCUUCAUGUACUACAACACGCCAUUCUCUCUGUUCCCUCCCAACGCCGCCAUUAGCUUGACCGACGACAACAGCACCUCCUUCGCCGCCCGCCCGGCUGCAUUUGGCCCAAAGCUUGUCUUGAGGGGUCUCAGCGGCCAGCUGUGGGUGGGCAGCGGCUUUGCCGAGGAUACUUUGGCUUCAAGCGGGGAGCUGGGCUGCAGCGACCUGCCAGGCUGGGGCCAAGGCGCCGGCAAUGCGAAGUUGAAUAAGGCUCUCCGUGAGCCUGUCUCGCGGACAACUGCCCCCAAAUUUGGCGCUCCUGCUCAUACCAAGAGACGCGAUGAUGACGUCCUCGAUCGCAACCCCAAGAAUGGUCCGACGCGGCAGCCCAACACCCUGGCCGCCGAUGUCCCGAAUAUUCAUCACUACGAAGAGAUCGAGGGCAAGAUUGUUCUGCUGAUGCGCGGUGGAUGCGGCUUUCUCGACAAGGUCAUGUGGGCACAGCGCAGAGGCGCCAUCGGGGUCAUUGUGGGCGAUAACCAGAAGGGUGGUCCCCUAAUCCAAAUGUUUGCUCAUGGUCCAGAAGUCGAUAACGUUACCAUCCCUUCAGUUUUUACUGCUCGGACGACGGCCCAGCUUCUUUCGUCGCUGACACAACCUGGAAGCUUUAUCGAGGAGACGCUGGAUGACCAAGGAAACCCCGUUCUCAGGGUCCAGCGAGGACCGAGGUCCAAGCAAUCCAAGAAGGACCAGCAGAGGAAGCGAUUGCGGUCAAGGACCCCGGGUUUUCUCAGCAUGAAACGAUCCGAGGUUAUCAGCCGACUCUCGAAAUUUUUAUCGUGGCCACAAACCACCGACUCAACCACUGCUAAGAAUGCUCGCAGUCCGUUCUCGAGCGAGACUGGCUCCGAGAACGGUCCUACUGACCCCCAGGAUGAAGACACCUUCCUUGCCAAGAUGUUUGGUACUACUGAGGAUACAACUGAGGAAGGAUACUAUCCGACCACCAAGGAUGCUGGUUUUCCCAAUGAACCCGAUGUCCCUCGCGAGGGGCUGUGGGUGACCAUCACCCCAACCAGCAACGCAAGCCCAUUUUUCGAUACCCUGCUGGUUCUCGUCAUCAGCCCUCUGGUAACCCUGACCGUUGUUUACGCCAUGCUCAUCCUCCGUGCCAGGAUCCGCCGGAGGAGAUGGAGGGCACCCAAGUCUGUCGUCGAGCGACUUCCAGUUCGCACUUAUCACACCGUCGCGAGAUCGCCAAGUCUCACGCCAAGAACCGCUUCGCCGACGAGUACUUCUCCCACCACGCCCCUGCUACAAGACUGUCCUCCGCGCCCACGUCCUCGCUCAAGGGCAGCUGAGGGGCCCGCAGACGAGACUCUGCUGGCGCCUAGCGCUGCGAUUCCUACUCCUCCUUCAGCAUCCCGUAAUCCGCCCAAAACCGAGAAGGGUGCUGGAGGUUUCUCAGCCGAAUGGAAAAAGUACAUGGGGCGACAGGUCGAGUGCGUGGUGUGUCUGGAGGAGUAUGUCGAUGGCGAGAGCCAAGUGAUGAGCCUGCCGUGCGGUCACGAGUUCCACGCUGAUUGCAUUACUCCUUGGUUGACCACCCGCCGACGGACAUGUCCCAUCUGUAAGGGUGAUGUCGUCCGAUCGCUCGCCCAUGCCUCGUCUUCCGAUCCUCACUAUGAGCCGUACCGUGACGAUAGCGACGAUGACGAGCCCAUUGCCGAAGCCUCCGGAUCCCGCUCUGCCGAUCAUGAGUCCGACCUCGAACAGGGUCUCCUCUCACCCGAGCCGCGACCUUCCAGGGGAUGGACGCGACCCGAAGGUUGGCUUAGCGUGUUCUCCAGCGGCUUUGGUAAUAGCGCCCGAUCUCAGUCCCCCGAAGACCGCAGUCGAUAA